GAGGGAAGGAUGCUCGGAUAGAGAGAGCAGGAAUCAGGCACCUAUCCAUAAAAAACAUCCCGUUAUGUCUGGAGAUCAUGGAAAAACAGAAACUUUUGUUUGGACCCUGAGCUAAAACCCAAUAACUACCUAUUAACUGGGUUAGCUAUGGAAUACGUCGACCUAACGUUAUACGGACGCCCCGUUCAUUUCCAGUGAAGCUGGUUUGAAACCUGAAACUGGCGGAUAUCUGUGAGCAACUACAGAGUGGACCCCCUCUCUACCUGACAACCUUGGAGAUACCAUCAUGAGUCUCUCUACAUGGAGGGCCUGAUGCUCGCAGCUGCUUUCACGGGGCUCUGCCGAGCCUCCGUGCACAGAGACCAUUGCAUGCUCUAUCUGAGGCUGCUCAUGGUGGUCUCCAUGACAACUGCACUCCCACCUUCUGAGGAUUGGCCUUUGUUGGAUUCAAACCUGCCAAAGCAGUCUACUGGGGAAGUGCCACAUUCCACAUCUUCACCAUCCGCCUUAUCGCCCUCUUCUUUUAAAGCCUCAGAACAGUCAAGUGAUGUCCAUAGAACAUUACCCCCUUUGCCUGCCGUUGAACAACUUGAAGCCUCCCAGAAGUACCACAGUGAUGCCAUUGACACUGUGUUCGGCUCAACAAUCAUGCCACCUCUGAGCUUCUUUCCUGAUCCAGAGUAUCUCUCUGCCCCAGCAUUAAGUUCCUCCUCAGAGUCCACUGAUGGAAAUGAAGUUAGCUCUGGAGUUCUUUCAAGACUGUCACGGGAUGUGAAUCCUCUUGUGCCUCUAAAUGUGCCCUCUUUUUCAGAAACUGUCACAUCAGGCGUCCAGCUUGCAAAGCCUUCAUCCGGCUCAUCCACACCAGCUUUAAACAUCUCUUCUACUCGCUUGCUUUCUACUGAAUUGGCUUCUUCUGAGGAACCACCCUUUCCUCCUCCUCAAUUACAAUUACAAACUGAGACAGCUGUAAUUAGUGUUCCUGCCCCAGCACUAUCAGUUGAACCAUCUACUAGAACCAUAAACGUUGCUAAUUUAGUUCCUAGUCAUGACUUAAAUAUGCAAAACGAUGUAUUUCCAGGUGUUCACCUGUUAAAUCCUAGUCAUGCUCUGUUUGGAAACCAUUAUAUGACCUCAUCUGCAGAACCAACAAUGGGACCACCUGAGGACUUUUUCCCAACCAACACUAUGGAUAUGGACUACGGUUCUGGAGAUUACCUAGAGACCAUGUCCUUCAUGGGUUCUGAAGUAGAUGACUACUCACUGGUCACCAAUCUUCCAUCUGACAUGUAUGACUUUGAAGACUCAAACUCAGAGUCUUACGAUACAUCUUUCCCUACAAGAGUUGUGAUGCCUUUGUCCACCAGACACCUAGAAUCUCCUAUUCCUGUUCCAACCAGUGUUGUUUCCAGUAUAUAUGUUACUACUUCUCCUAAUCUGACUUCCAGUAUUACCCACAAUCCAACAAGUAUUCUGAAUGUAACCAAUAAUACUGUUCCCAAUGCUGUUGUCAAUACAAAAAUGACCACAUCUUUAUAUACAUUGACUUCAAGUAUUCCCAAUAUUGUGACCCAUAUACCUAUUUACACCACAAGUGUCCUAGCCAUACAACCAACAGCAGUCCAAUCUCUACCCAUUCCCCCAACUGAAUCUCCCUCUUUAAAUUUCAGCAGCUUAGCCAAUGACAGUUCAGAGUCAGAAUCGGGGUGGCCUGACAUCACAAUCGAACCCACUGACGUUCUUCUGCCUGAUAUGAACAGUCUGGAAUACUACACCAUCCAACUAACAAAGGGUAACGAAAGCUUGACAGAGCAGAGAGGCAACAAAACAACUUCCAAGCACCUGCCUCUAGUGCCAGUAAGCACUACUCCUAUUACAGCCACCAGCACUUAUACCGUUGACCCCAGCCACAUGCUAACCAUGCUUUAUGGAGAACAGUUACAGCCUGUGGACAACAGCUCCUGGCCUGAAGAGUCUUCUACAGAUCUCUCAGGAUAUGAUCCUUUCAACAAUACAAUGCUAGAUCUUUCAGAAGUUAGACCAAGCCUAACAAACACUACGCUGCCAUUUCUGGAUUCAUCAGUGACAUUAACUCCAUCUAUGGAUUCCUCAACAUCAUCGUGGAAUCAGACUUGGACUCAGAGUGAUCAGUCUACCACUGAAUCGGUCACAUCUAUUAGAGCCACAAGCAACUCCUCAUCCACAUUAUUUAUCCCACCUAAUACAUCAGAACUACCAGAUGUCAUCCAAUGGUUUGAUAACGCCACUUCACCCGAGACUCUACUCCCUACCCCUACACUCAUAAGUCAUGGGAUAACCCCCACUCUAAAUGUGACCGCAAUGCCCACUGACCCCACCUUCAAUAGAACCUUCAUCUAUCCUGUGACAGAGAUGGCUGAUGAAGGCAUCACUGGAACACCAUCAGAUAGGCCUUUCACUGAGCUUACUGAUGAUGAAUUGACAACAUUCAGCAGCAACACAGAGGCCACCACUUUAGUAUACAAUAAUGAGACAACUGGGACAACCCCAGGAACCAUCACAACAUACACAAUCAUGACUGAUGAGCCAUUUAACGCUACCAGCUUGCCUGCAACAACAAAUGAAGCUUCAGUGACAACCCUAAAGUCCACCCCUCUAACAACUACUGUCCGAGAGUACCUCUGCAAUAUCACCAAGCCUGACACCUACUUAGUUCGAGUUGGUUUUCCACCCGGGUCCACAGCUGGGUAUGCCAAAGCCAAAGUCAGAGAGAUCCUCAAAGCUGAGUUUAAUCGAUCAGUUGAAUUGCAGGUAGUAAAAGCUCCUCCAGACUUUGUGUUUCGGGCUGUGUCUGGUCCUGUUGUCUACACAGCUAUAUCAGUCAUGAAUGCUCUGAGACAGUCUACACGUACGUCUCGUUCCAUCCUCAGUGUGUCUCCCAUCAGUCCUGUUCCCGGCCUGCAGUACCACGUCCACUCUGUGCUCCAAUUUGUCCCCAGCCACAUAGAUGUGAAUGUGUGCACAUUCAGCGAGCACAUAGAGAGAGGCCUGACUUUGGCCUUUGCAGAAGUUCGCCGCCGCCUAAAGGACUCUAUGAACUUUACAGUGCACGUAUUAAACAUCACCAUGAGCCCUGUGGGGAAGAACCAGCGGCAGCCGAGUGGACCUGUAGACAUCACCUUUGUGAUACGCGAUGCAAGGGGAUACAUACUAGGGUCAGAGAUCAGCAGCCUUCUGAGACAGCUCAGUGUGGUCGAGUUCAGCUACUACCUUGGCUACCCUGUUCAGCAGAUCGCAGAACCAUUCCACUAUCCUGAGCUGAAUACAACCCAGUUGCUGCGCUCCUCGUGGGUGAGAACAGUGUUGCUGGGUGUGAUGGAGCAGCGCGUGAGUGACAGAAUCUUUCAGGCAAAAAUGGAGAGGAGACUGGCUCUGCUGCUGGGGGAGGGACUGGGCACAGGUCGACGUUUUAAAAGAGCCACCAGCAUAGGCAACAACAGUGUGCAGAUUGUGCAGACCACGCGCCUAGCAGGGCCAGAUAACCCUUUAGACAUGAUCUACUUUGUGGAAGGUCCUAGCGGCGAGAGACUGCCUGCCGUCACCACUGCUAACCUGCUGAACAGGCUGGAUGUGCAGCGUGCAGCUAUAGUGCUGGGAUACCGUGUUCAGGGCAUCCUGGCCCAGCCUGUGGAGAAGCUGGCUUCAUCGCCUUCUGAGACAGAGAACACCAACACAUGGAUUAUAAUAGGAGUGGUGGUGCCUGUACUGGUGGUGGUGCUUAUUAUAUCCAUAUUAUACUGGAAACUGUGCCGCACGGAUAAACUGGAGUUUCAGCCGGACACCAUGAGCACUGUCCAGCAGAGGCAGAAGCUACAGGCUCCCAGCGUGAAGGGCUUUGACUUUGCCAAGCUGCACCUGGGCCAGCACAGUAAGGAUGACCUCAUGGUGAUCCAGGAGCCAUUACCGCUGCCAGUGGCCACUAAGGAGCCGAGCGCUGCUGAAACUGCAGAGGCGUCCACGCCCAAGUCCAGAGGCUCCUCCACCAAGGCCUCCCGAAACAGCCAGCAAAGGAAGGGGCGGAUCUCCCCCUCAGAUGGCGAUUCGGUGGGUACUGAUCCGUCCAGUGAUAAGGAGUCUCCCAAGGAGAACCCGAGGCUGCCCGGUGACUCUAAGCAACCUCGCAAGAUGGCCACUAACGGAUUAAAUGGUCCUCCUCCACUGAAUGGUAUAGAUGAUCAGGUAUCCUCAGCCUCCAUCUUUGAGCAUGUGGACCGGAUAUCCCGAUCAGCAGAUCCCCCCAACAAGCGCUUCUCCAGUAAGAUCCAGCUGAUCGCCAUGCAGCCCAUGCCUGCCCUGCCCUUAUCGAACCCUGCAGCUACUGACAAGACUGCAGAGAAUGCCAAGAUCAACAAGGAGAUCCAGGUUGCAUUGAGACAGAAGUCUGAGAUCGAGCACCAUCGUAAUAAGAUCCGUCUGAGGGCUAAGAGGAAAGGCCACUAUGACUUCCCCGCCAUGGAUGAUCUCAUCGAUGGCCUGGCCGACCCCAAAGAGCAGGACCGCAUCUACCAGAAGGCUCAGAUGCAGAUCGAUAAGAUUCUGGACCCAGACAUCCACAUGCCACCUCUCUACACUGAGCCCAAGAAAAGUGGCAGAGAGAGGCGUUCUCCCAGGCAAAGGAAGAAGCAGCAGAUGAAUGGGGAUCUGACAGAUGCAGACAGAGACCGACUCAUCACCACUGACAGUGACGGCACAUAUAAGAAAUACCCUGGAGUCAACAACAUAGCAUAUGUGUCGGAUCCAGACCAGGGACCUGAACCUCAAAGCCCAUCCCCGACUGAUGAUGUGUUUCUUGGCCCAAUAUCACCCCCGCCAGGCCACGCUCCUCCUCCUCCACCGUACCUGCCCCCUCAGCCAUCCAUAGAAGAGGCCCGGCAGCAGAUGCACUCCCUGCUGGAUGAUGCUUUUGCUCUGGUAUCCCCCACCUCACAGGGCAGCAAUGCUGGCAUCACUUUGCCUGGUGUGGGGAUUAGUCCUGGACCAGCAGCACCUUCCAGCCCUCCAUCUCGUGGCCCGCGGCCCUGGGGCCCUUCAUACCCGGCGCUCAGUCCCUUCCCAGGGAGGUACACAGAGAUGGGUUUGCCACCUUCUACAGUGCAAAGCUUACUGCAGAGGCAGGGGCUGGGGUCCGGCUACCCCCCAGGAGAUGGAUUAGUUGGAGAGCAGCUGCAGUCUGAGGUGCUCUACAACAGCAGAGGGACCUACAUGGAAGAGCUGCCUUCUUCUGUCAGACCACGACCAGUAGGGGGCACCACAGGUGCUCAGCUACACCACUUAACCCAGGUGGGUCUGUCAGGCCGUAUGGGGGAGGGCAGGCAGCCUGGAAACCUAAACUGUGGACCUUAUCACGAAGAAGACUUCAACAGACCUGCUAACAGAGACCCUGUUUUUAGCUCAUUUGAAUACCCCCCCAUUUCUUUGUUCCAGACCUCCAGAAAUGGUAUGAGAGAGCCCACUGCUCCCCCUGCCCACCUGAACUCCAUCGGCAUGGGCUACCCCCCAUCUGCUCCUCCUGAGGAGUCUUCUCCUCCCAACCACUCCUCCGCUUCGCUCAUCAAAGCCAUCCGGGAGGAGCUGAUGCGUCUAUCACAGAAGCAAGCGGCCGUCACGGGCUACCACAGCUGAGACCUGACCCUUCAGCCCACCCUGACCCUCCAGGCUCUACAUACAGCAAUAUUGCACUGCACUGUACUUCCCAUGGAAGUGACUUUUUUGUUGAGAGGUGGAAGAAGCCCUGUAAGCCCUGUAGGCCCUGCUGCCCUGCCACAAGGAGCACUGUGGUAGAAGAAGGCAUUGUGAGAUUUCUAAGAACGUGACUACUUUACUGGUAGCCAAAGCUUUACCUGUUAUCAGUGCAGCUGAACAAGAAGACCAGUCACAUACACUCUUAAAGAUGAAGAUAUCAGAAAGGUUGAUGCUUUAGAUAAACAGCAGUAGUUUUGAAAAGCCUUUAGAUGAUUGCAUGUUUUUCCUCAUACCAGAAUCCCAACAUGUGGAACAACAUUUCACUGGAUCAUUUUAUUCAACUCACUUAAAGGUUAUUAAGGGGAACUGGAUCUUCUUUUGGAUCUUUUCCACUGUAUGCUAACUGCAUUACUCUACUCUUUUUGAUACCUGGUAACUGGAGGGGGGUAUUUUUGGUAUUGCAACAUGACAUAUUGGUUUCCUUUGAGAUAUAUGAGUAUUGCAGAGUCACAGUACCAUGAUAUCAUUGUUACCACUAGCAAUGUAUUGUGAUACGAUACUAAUCGAUACAGUAUCACAAAACUUAAUAUCACAGUACUCAAGUGUAUCAAUGUUUUUAUACACCCCUAUACCGCACUUCGUAAAACACUGACUCUACUAUCUUUAGAGUUACAACACAGUAAACAGUGAUGACUGCUGAAGGAAUAGUUUUCUGUAUUCUCAGUUUGUGUCUUUUGCAUCAUGUACAGUGACUGUAUUAUUCUCCCUCUCUCUCUUAGUUGUCUCCAGUCAUACAUAACCAGCCUUUUAAUGAGUAGAGUUUAACGUUUUGGAAACUUCAGGAUAAUUACUGUUUCAAAAGCAUAUUUUAAAUCACUGAUAAAACAAUUCUAGUCUGUCAUGAAGAGUUUGUAGAGCUUGCCUCAGUAAAUCUGGAAAAAAAUAGCUGCUGCACGUGCACAGAUCUCCACAUCGAGGGGACAUUUCAUGUCCCCUCCACAUCGAGGGGACAGUCUUGCAUGCUGACGCUGGAUGUUUUUGUUGAAGGGUGGGACUAUGUUAUGUUAUACGUUAUACAAAUUCCAAUUUAUAAUUUAACCAGUGACCGAUCUCCUCAUUAAUAAUAACUCUGGUAAAGUUGAGUAGUGUACCAUGGUACCAUGCAGUGGAAAAGCACCAUUUAACUCCUUUAUUGGUAUAUUCAGUUUUAAGAGUGUACUCCUGUGACAUCACUGCCCCUAAUAUUUGGCCUCUGCUCAUCACUGAUAGACACACUAUAUCAAGAAAAAAAGAUAAGCAGUCAUUAAAUCAGUACUGGACUUGGACAUUUUCUCUUGUUUUUACAUUUGAAAUGUUUACCUUACAUACUGACGCAUCACAGCAACCCAGACACUCUGGUAGCAAUUAGCAAUUGACUACAGCCAAAAGCAGACCACCACACAUUCCUUACUCAUUUUACUGCUGGAGGUGGAGUGUGUGGUGUGUCUGUUUGUUUGUACGGAGUUGUUGUAAGAUUGUUUUUUUUUUUUUUGCUUUUUCUCACUGCCUUCACAUCUGAAUAAUCUUUCACCAGGCCUCUGGUGGUCUGUCUCAUCAGUGAAAAACAUGAAGAUACCUUAAAAAAAUACCUUACCAGCAUCUAUUUGCUUUAUCAUGCACUAUUUUUCUAGGUUUGGAUUAUUUGUGAGUAAUAGUAUCCCAUGGGCACUUCCUCUCACUUCAUCCUCUUGUGGUGCUAUUUUUUUUUUUUUUUUUUUCACUUUUCAGUUCAGUUUUCUGGCCAUCUGCCACACAUUGCCUUCUGCUGUAAGAGAUAUGAGCUCUUAUUUCAUCUUUAAAUGUCAGAAAAAAAGGCAUACACACCUGAAUGUCACACAAGCAAGGGUUAUAUUAACCAAACUACUGCAGAAUCUGCUGUCCCAUAUCUACUAUAGCUUUUGAAAAGUGAGUGAAGAAGUGUUGAUUUAAUACACACUUUGCUAUUGCUACCUACUCUUGCACAGUAUAUUGCUCUAGGUCAGUGAUUCUCAAACUGUGGUACGCAUACCAUUGGUGGUACGUGAGACAUGCCAAGAUGAGCGCUGCAUGCCCAAAAAUAUGUGAUAACUAUUAGAAUAUAAUGUUUCACAUUAUUAGAUAAAAAAAAAUAACCUAGGAUUUUAAAAAUGCUAUUUAGAUGCUGUAGUUUACUGCAUCUUCUUGCACUACAUCGACUUUAGCUUUCCAAGAUGUUUCUGUAGGAAUCCUGCAUUAAUCAGAAACAAAAAUGCAAAAUCAAAAGCACCUAAACCUAUGCAGUAGCCCCAGUAAGUGGUGCUUUUGCUUGUGUUUGAUUAUUGGUGGUAGGUCACCUAAACAGUUUGAGAACCACUACUGUAGAUGGCUUCAGAAAGUCUGCAAACAUAAUAGUUUGCAAGUGGGUUUACAAGGGAGCAGCGUUUUAUUGCUCUGCUCUUGAUCUGAAGAAGAGUUGUCUGUUUUCUGAGCCCUGAGUGCUUAGUAUUCUUAUUAAAACUGAAUGAAAUUAAUCCUUUAAAAUAAGGAUAGGCUUAAUGACGGUUACAUUUCUUUCAUCUGACCACAUAAUGCACUGUCAUGAACACUAAAGUAUACAAUAAUUAAAGUAUACAUCAAAUAAAAUGCAUAAUUGUUAUAAUAGAAUGCAUUCGGUUUGAGGACCAGAAGUAUUACAACGCUGAAAGUCUGUGCUUUUUUCCUAUUUUCAGUUUGAUCAUUUUCAGUAUACAUAUAUAAAGCAAUGAAGCAACGCAGUGCUCCGAACUACAUUCCAGUGAAGGUGUUCCACACACUCUGCAGUAUAUUCAGUAUAUUCACAGAUCAGCUGUUCUUCAUUAAGUUGUCAUGAAGUGACUAUCUGCUUCACCAUUCACUUGUUUCCAGUAUGUGUAUUAGCAGAGUGCAGAGUACAGUAUUCAGUUGCUUUUCUGGUAGUAUUGAACUAAGUCUGAGUCAGAGACAACCUCAGUCUGUGUUACUGGCCCUCACUGUACCCUUUCUUACCUUAUUAUGUUCUCUAAAACGUGGUCCUGCUUUCCCCAAAAAAAUCUGUGUUAAGAGCUGAAGUACUGUUUUGUUUUGUUUUGUUGUUUCAGUUUACAGACAAAAAAAGAGAAUUGUGUUAAUCAGAGCUUUUCUGAAUUGUUUCAGGUUCUGUUGUUGUUUAAAUAUUAGAGUUUUUUCUGCUUUGUAUUUUGUUGAAUUUGUUGUUUUGAUGGAACUCCCUCUUCCUGUAGUUACAGAUUUUACUGAUUCUUUAUUUAAAUGACAUUAAAAAAGGAAAAAAAAAUCUGUA